AUGGCUUCGCUCGCCCGCCUUCUGGACUGCGGUGCGGUCCCUUCGCUCGAGCGGCUCGACCUCAGCGGCAAAUCCCUCGGCGACGAGGGCGUGCGCCCGGUGCUGGACGCCCUUGCCCGCGGCGCGUGCCCUCUGCUGCGCGCCCUCGGCCUCGGCCACGACGAGCUCGGCGACGCCUCGUGCGUGGCGCUCGCGGCGAUGGCGGCGCACCCUGCGCGCGCCCGUCUGGAGGCGCUCGAUCUCUCGCAGAACGCUCUCUCCGGCUCGGGCGUGGCGGCGCUGGCGGGCGCGCUGGCGCGGGGCGGGCUGCCGCGGCUCAAGAGCCUCCAGCUCUACCACACGCACCUCGACACGGUCGGGGUUGAGGCGGUCGCCGAGAGCGGCAAGCGCGGCCUGCGCGCGCUUGAGAGCCUGAGCCUGCACGGCAACAGCUUCGCCACCGCCGGCGUCGAUGCGCUGGCCGACGCGCUGCGCGGCGGCGCCUUCCCCCAGCUGAAGCGGCUCGUCUUGCCAGGACAGCACUGGCAACACGGCGGAGUCAAGGCGGCUUGCGAGGCGAGAGAAGCCCUCUGCGUCGACAUGCGUGGGUGA